UGAUUAUUUCAUGCCGGUCAAUAAAUUAUUUUUUAGUGUGACGCAAACGCUAUUAAUAGAUUGUAUGUUAUACAUUAGUCAUUACUACUGCUCGCAUUCAUGGAGUGAUUACACUGAUGCCGAUUAAAAAUGGCAGAAGGAGGCAUCGAUCGAGCCACAUCACAGACUGAAAGCGUUCCAGGACACAGCAGCCUGUACAGUCGUCACUCUCAGAAUCAUGUCGAAAAUAUGUCCAUGGAAAUAUGUACUAUAAUGACCCGGCUGGGAUACGGCGAGGAGAUGAGAAGAUGGCGGGUUGAGAAAUACAGGGAGUUGAAUAGGCUGGCAGAUACACGAUCAAGUCAUGCCAUUCAUGUUAUAGCAGGAAGCAAGGCAGAGGGACUGACCUGCCAUUUGGAAAGCGACUUGGACAUGUUGCACGUGUGGAAGGGUGUCCUCUGUGUGGAAGCUGGUAUCAACCUUCACACCAUACCUGACGACAUAGACGUGUUUAGGAUGGAUACACGCGUAUAUCCAGGACACUGCAGACUGUUACAAGAGAGACGAGCGCAUACACGUUUUACACAAAUUCAGAAUUCCCUGUGUGAUAAUGGAUAUGGAGCCGUUCUACUUAGUAGUAGUUUAUUCCUAGACGAAUGUUCGGCAUCAUUUACACGUUCAGAAAUAGUGGAACAUGAGCGAGCGGGGCCGUCGUUACCGGCGACAAUGAAGGGUGUAUAUCAUUUUGACAGAGUACCCGCACUACGCUGUCACUGCCCAAUCAUCCUUCAAAGAUGGGCUGCCAGAACCCGUCAUUGGCCGUCACCAGUUAUAGUUAAGAAAGUCGAAUCAUUAGGAGCCUACCUAACCCCAGUCGGGUUUAAGGGAAGUGAUUACCAGCACAUGGAAUGGAGGAUGUGCUUUAACACUGGUGAGACAGAACUUGUAAACAAUCUUAAUAGCACACAAACGCAAGUGUAUGUUAUGCUUAAAAUGAUUCUCAAAGAUGUUCUUAAGCCAUGUAAGAAAGAAGUUACAUCAUACGUGAUUAAAAAUAUAGUACUUUGGCAAGCUGAGAAUAACCCACAGCAUAACUUUUAUAAACGCAGUUUUUUAUACUGGCUACAUGACGGACUGAGAGACCUUAAGACUGCUAUUGUCACACAACAACUGUCAUACUACAUGAUCCCGGAAAGAAAUUUAAUGGCAGCAAGUGGUUUGCAGGAUAAGCAGCAAAGUAAAUGGGUAGCAGAUAUAACGGACAUGAUGGACGAAGGUCCGAGAGUUAUACUAAGAUUACAGAGGAUACGACAGGCCGUCAUCGCGUCCCCAGAGCCGAUGUUGUGGUUCAGCAAAAUAAGGAUGGAGCUUGAAAUGCUGCAGCUGGAGAGAUUGAUCAGAACCGAACCGUGUAGCGAUGAGCACGAUGCUAUCACGCAGGAGAUAAUGAGACGUAAGGUGGAGAUAGUGAUGGAGGUGGCACAACGGAUGCGCAUAGACGAAUGUGCUGUUAAUGAUCUGAUGGACAUCUUCUACAGAAUUAUACGACAGGCCGUCGUCGCGUCCCCAGAGCCAAUGUUGUGGUUCAGCAAGAUAAGGAUGGAGCUGGAAAUUCUGUACCUGGAGUUGUGGAACAGAUGCACAAAAUGCAGCAGUGAGAACAGAGUGGUUGAUGAGUAUAAUGAUAUCCUAAAGGAGAUAGAGAGACGUAUGGAGGAGCUUAUGGUUGAGGUGGCACAACGGAUGUGCGUGCAAGGCUGUGCUUAUUAUGAUAUGCAGGCCAUUUAG